AUGGCUUCUGACCUUCCUCCUUCAAAUUCAAAUGGUCUUGAGGAUCUUACCAUUGGCAACAAAUCAACAGAAGUACCGUCAAUUCAGCCUCAGACGAAUCAAUCAGGAGAUACCCUGAUAUCCCACGUUACUCCACAUACAAUUCCUGGAGCCGUUACGAAGCCAGGUCCCACCAUUGAAGAUCUUCCCAAUGAACUUCUAGUCAAUAUUUUCAGUCAUUUGGAUAUAGAACCUCCAUCAUAUUCCCAUACAACACUUCAUGAUGAGCCAACUUUGGAAGUUACAAGCUCCGAGGUCCAAGACCUCAAGAAUUGCUCUCUAAUUUCGAAACGAUGGAGACAAGCUACCUUACGUUUACUAUUCAAACACACACGAUAUAUCUUGAGAUAUUCAGAAGAUGAUUAUAGACCCAUUCUCAAUGAUUUAACAGGACCUUUUCGUCAAUUUAUCCGCAGAGAAUCUUUUGCGGAUAUCGUGUCAAGCUUUACCUUGGUAGUUCGGGAGAAAACCAUAUCAAAUCGUCAUGAUGGCCGACCUCGAUUAUGUGAAUUCGAUGGUUUUUGGAAACGACUCUUUAACACGAUUGAUCCGUCAACGGUGUUGAUAGCUGCGCCCGUUGAGGCGCUUGCUUCUUUGACUUCAUCUACCAUUAAUGACGUGGAUUCAUGGGUUUUUGACAUUGAAUGUCACUAUUUGCGAUUGCAAAGACCCGAAUCCAAAGAAUUAGUCCUUACGGAGAUUGAGGUUUUGCCUGAAGAAAGUGGUCCCACCAGAUUUGACCCUUCAGUUCCUGGAACACCACAAAACCCAGACCAUACUUUUGACGAUCGCUUGCACUAUGCUGGUCCUUUGGGUAGUUUUUGCGCCAAGUCCUCCGAAUUCUUUCAAAUUAGAUCUUGGACAUCCUUACUCCUAAAUGAAGGAUCAAAUUUAAACGCUUUCAAGACAGAUAGGUGGUGGGAAUUGGAGACUCCAUCGAUACUACGAAAUCUUGUCGGAACUCAAUCAGGUACUUUACCUUUGAUCAAUCCUGGCAUUCGUUCCAUGAGAUAUAUUGCUAUAUUUCCAAUAACAGCUCAAUUCGAAUGUCUCGCUCAAGGAUUGCCAAGACUGGAUCAUUUAUAUUGUCAACUGGUACCACGAAAUGAUGCUUUGGAAGACGAAGAACUAAUGAAGAAAAUUGAUGUGGAUGAUCUUUGGAUGGAGAGGAAUAAUUGUUAUGCUCAAUUGAUGCGAGAGAUGUUCAACAAUCCACCCGAAGGGAAUUACAGAUAUCUGAAGACUUUCGAGUCAGGAGAUGCUGCAGAUACAGAUGCUUGGCAUAUGGCAGUAGAGUUCGUGAAGCGGGCUGGAGGAGGAUGGAAGAUAACAGGUGAUGGAGUAUUUGAAAGAGAUACGGGGAUUGAAGAGAGUUCGUCUGAUGCACCGAACGCUUCUCCAUUUCCAGACGAAUUGUAUAGAUGGGCAUGGAAUGGGUUGACCAAUGUACCCGUUUCACCGGACACCGGCAACAAAGUCUCCCGUCGUUCCCAAAUCAUCGGCACAACAAACAUUAUCCUCGGUGGUAAAACCGUAAUCCAAGCAGAAGUCAUCAUCCGCGGCGAUUUAUUACGCACACUACCUCCCAGUACCCAGGGCGAGAAAGCGGGAAAUGCAGUUGCGGUUGCGAUUGGGAGAACAUUCUCGUACUUUCCCCUCAAAAUCGGCGACCAUGUUUUCGUAGGACCCGGCUCGAUAAUCGAAGCUGCGAUGUUGGGGAAUCAUGUUAAUAUUGGUGCGAAUGUUGUGGUGGGGAAGUUUGUAAUAGUGAAGGAUUUUGUGAAGAUUCUGGAGGGGACGGUUGUUCCGCCGAAUAUGGUGAUACCUAGUUUUAGUGUGGUGGGAGGGUGUCCGGGGAGGGUUGUGGGGAGGUGGCGGAGGGGGAGAUUGAGGGGAUGGAUUUGA